AAGUUUCAUCUGCAGUGGUGACUAUCGAAGUAAUCUAGCUUAGCUGUCAUGGGACUGAAAACAGGCAAUAUUUUCGUUAUCGGACUGGUUGCAGGAUUAUUACAGUUCACUUAUGGAGAGAAUAAAGUUGUGAAAAGAUCGACGCUAACUUGUGCAGACGUUCCAUACGAUCCUCACAAUGAAAUAUGCUGUAGUGGUGACAUUUUGCCGAGAGAAGGGAAGAAUGACGCGUGUUGCCAUAGAAACAGGUAUUCUACCGACAGACAAGUGUGUUGUAAUGACGUCAUCGUGCCCAAGACUACGGCAGGAUGUGAUAUUCCGAAUGUUUGUCGACAGUCUCCGAUGCGGUUUGUAACUAAAACCCAGGCCUGUUGUGGUGGUGUCUUAUACCCCGUUAGUAUUGCAAAGGAUCACGAGUGCUGUCAAAAUGUCGCGCCGUACAAAUAUCACGAACAAAUCUGUUGUUUUGGCACGGUGCACGCACGAAAGGGAAACGCAUCGUGUUGUGGCACGCGUGCUUACGACGCGAACACGCAAAUGUGCUGUGCAGGUGAGAUUGAAACAAGAACACCUCAAGGUUGUCCAGGGUUGAACGCUGUUCUUGUGAAGAGUUGUAAGACGUCUCCUAUUCCUUUUUUCCGCGAAGGCUAUGGAUGUUGCGCAAAACAGUUGUUCACAAAGAAUGCUGCGAUGAGUCAACGGCUAGGUUGCUGUAUGAAUAAAUUUGUUUUCAAUGGAGACGCAUACAAAUGCUGUAAAGACGGAAGUUUGUAUAAACGCGGAGAGAACAUGACUUGUUGUGGUGAUCAGUAUUAUGACAGAAAUAAAUAUAUAUGUUGUGGGGGGAAACUGGCAGAGAUAAAGGAUGGUGUUGCACCUGAAUGCUGUAACGAUAAGGUUUAUGAUCGCAUCAGAGAAGUAUGUUGCGCAGGGAAGAUCUACCGAAGCAACAAGACAGUAAAUUAUGGUUGUUGUGCAGACAAGCCGUAUAACUAUCGUACCACGUUAUGUUGCGGAGACAAGCUGUGGAACAACGAAAACUACAACUAUGGCUGCUGCGGUGAUGGGCAAAAUAAUCACAUCGUCUUUAACUACAAAUAUCAGACGUGUUGUAAUAAUAUUGUUAUUAAUAAAAAAGACGGAAAAGAUUGUUGCGGAGAACAAGUCUAUGAUACGACAAAAUCGAUUUGUUGUCGUACAAACGAUUGGAGAAGGCCAAAUCUGCUUGAGAAAAAGGACCAGAACUCAGGAUGCUGUGCAGGAAGGCUGUAUGAUUGGUCGAAACAAAUUUGUUGCGAUGACAAAGAGGUUGCAUAUCAAAACUCACAAUACACCAUUAGCUGUUGUGGAAAGAAAAGUUACGACAGACGAAUUAUGACCUGCUGUGAUAAUAAAGUCUAUGAUAGCAAGAAAUUGUGUUGUGGAGAUAAGAUACAUGAGCUGAACCCAGGUGAAUUUGGAUGCUGUUGGUCUAAACCAUACAACUAUAGCGCAGAACUUUGCUGUAAUGGUGUACUGAUCCGUCGUGACUCUGGACAGUUGUGUUGUAAUAACAAAGUGGUGACAAUGCCGGCGGCAAACAAAUAAAGUACCCAAGCUGCUGUGGCACACUGGGAUAUGAUUAUGCGAAUCAGGUUUGUUGCAACGGUACAAUCCAUUCGUCAUCCGAGUACGCGUGUUGCAACAACAAGCUUUAUCGUCGCAAAGAUGGCUCUAAGU